GGCGGCGGGCUGAGGCGGCCCGGCCUUCCCGCCUCCCGUCGGCCUCUCGCGAUGUUGCUAAGGGCCCUCCGAGAGCCGGCAGCGGGCGCCGCCGGUUGCUAAGGGCCGCCGCUCGGGGAGACGCGCGGCCGCCGCGACGGGGAGGGCGGCCGCCGCCUCAAGAUGUCUCACUUUACAAGUGAAGAUGAAGCUCUGUUACAGUCUAUGCUUAGACAGUUGCUGCAGAGUGUGAAGGAAAAAAUCACUGGAGCCCCAUCAGUAGAAUGCGCAGAAGAGAUUCUCUUGCAUUUGGAGGAAACAGAUGAGAAUUUUCACAACUAUGAGUUUGUGAAAUACCUUAGGCAAUAUAUAAAUAAUACUGUGGGAUCUGUGAUUGAAGAAGAAACAGAAAAAUGUACUUCUGCUCAAAAUCAGGGGGAAGUAUCUGGCUAUGACACGCUUGUCCAACAUGUUACUAAGAAGACACGUGAAUCAAAAGAAUACAGGGAAAUGAUGCAUGCCUUGAAGAAUGUCAUGAUGGUUGUGGUAGAAUCCUUGAUUAACAAGUUUGAAGAAGAUCGGAUGCAUAAUAAGGAGGUGGAUAGCAAAACGAAGAAAGAACGUCAGAGUGGCUAUUAUACAGACAACUGUUCUGACAGUGACUCCUCGUUCAACCAAAGUUAUACGUUCAUGAGUCAAGAACAGUUGCAGCUGCUUGUAGAAAGGCUUGACCCUAUUCAGCCUAAGGAAGUUCGCCAAGAAGCAGUGGAAACACUGUGCUUUGCCCCUCCCUCUGAUAUACUGAACUCUGAGAGUUGGCCAAAUCUGCGUAAGCAUCUAACAAUGUCUCUGUCAGAUCCUGAUGGAACAUUCAGUGAGAAAAUUCUUAGAUUCUAUGCAAAAACCUUUUCUUCUUCUCCAUUUAAUAUGACAAGAGAAGUUUAUACAAGUUUAGCAAGACACUUGGAGUUGUACUUUCUUUCUGGAGAAUAUUCUCUUCGUAUUUCAGCUGGUCUGGAUGUAUCUAACACAGACAUAAAUCGUUUACUUAAAAAGGUCCGCCUUUUAAAUGAGUACCAAAAGGAAGCUCCCUCUUCCUGGAUUCGUCAUCCAGAAAAGUACAUGGAAGAAGUAGUGGAGAGUACCUUGUCACUUUUGUCAGUAAAACACGAGUCUAGUCCUGCUGUCUCUCCAGAUUUUUUGAGUCCAGUCUACUUCUUGGCUCUGCUAGAUAUCAAAGCAGUGUGGUUUAAAAAGUGGACGCAUGCAUAUUACAGCAGAACAGUGGUGCUUAGGCUUUUGGAAAAGAAAUAUAAAUCUUUGAUUAAUGCAGCUGUCCAGCAAUGUCUUGAUUAUUUUGAAUUUUGCAAGGCAGCAGUUAAUAAAAAUUCCGGAGUCAGUGAUUUCUCCCAGCAGCAUUGUAGUGAUAAGCAGAACUUUUCUUACACUGGACCAGAAUUGCAGUAUGUCUGUUUUGUUCAUUCACUGUGCCUUUUAGGAAGAUUGUUGAUCUAUAAGCAAGGCCGAAAUCUCUUUCCGGUGCAGCUGAAAAAUAAAAAAGAUAGUGUAUCCAUCACUGAUCUGUUGGUAUUAUUUACCCAGCUUAUUUAUUACUCUCCACGUUACCCAAAGACAGCUUUGACAAUGCAUACAGACAGUUAUUCUCCAGCAAGUCUUGUUAUGGAGAUUCUGCAAGUUUUUUGUGAUCAAACAGGAUGUGCUGCUGAAUGUUUAUACAAGGAUGCAGUGAUAGAUGCCCUCCUUCAUCCUGUUCAAAGUUUACUGAGUGGCACAGAGGUGUAUAUAAAUUGUCUUGAAACCACUUUAAUUGAAGUAGCUGAUAUUUUGGCAAGAAUUGCAGCUGUAGAAGAUGGUCUUUCUCUUCUUCUUUAUGGAGAAAAUGAAAAAACAGCCAGAGAAGACAGUCCUGCAGCUGUUCAUGUAAUUAUUCAGUUUACAAAGAAACUUCUUCAUGACGACAUUUCUCUUUUAUCUGGAUCUGAGAUUUUGCCAGUUGUUAAAGGAGCUUUCAUUUUUGUAUGUCGUCAGAUGUACAGAACUUGUGAAGGCCUGCAGAUGCUAAUUCCUUAUGGCUUGCAUGAAUCUAUUGGAGAGGCCUGGAAAAAGACAAGUUUGCUUUCAGAAAGAGUACCUACUCCUGUAACUGCCGUGGACUCGACUUCAUCAGUAAGUCUAGAGUCCAAGAACAUUUUGUUAUGGGAAGAGACUUUGUUAGAUGCCUUGCUAAAUUUUUCUGCCACACCCAAAGGACUAUUUCUCCUUCAUAGUACAGGUGCCAUGAAUGACUGUGUGAACUAUAUGUUCAGCAGUUUAUCAAAAAAGAUCCAGACGAAUGACUAUGAAGAGUUUGGUAAUAGAGUGAUUGUUACACAAAUCGCAACAACACCAACAGGUGCAGUAGCUCUACAGAGUUCAGGUUUUAUAAAGGCACUUGUAACUGAAUUAUGGGCUCUUUUGGAGUGUGGAAAAGAUGACGUGAGGAUAACACAACCCAAAUCUACUCCAGUUGAACCUAUUGACCAAAGCUGUCGGAAGUCUUUUCUGUCUCUGAUAAACUUGCUCUCUUACCCUGCGGUUUUUGAGCUCCUGAGUAAACAAGAUAUACCAAAUAAACCAAUAUAUUCACUCCGUGAAGUACCUACAGAUAUUAUUGAUAUCAUUGACAGGCUUAUAAUUUUGAAUUCAGAAGCUAAAAUUCAUUCCUUAUUCAGUUAUGAACAAUCACAUAUCUUUGGUCUGAGGUUGUUAAAUGUGCUGUGCUGUGAGCUUAAUACCCUUUUACUCUUGGAGACUCAGUAUAAAGUGUCACAAGUUUUACUAACUGCUCAGGAGGAAAAUGUCACAGAAACUUCAGAAGGACCAGGAGAUUUUAUAAUUGAUGGUCUAUCAGUGGAGAGAAACCAUGUUCUUGUAAGGAUAAAUCUGAUUGGAGGACCACAGGAAAGGAUUUUGCCUUUGAGAGUACUAGAUAAGGGUAGUGAUCCAUAUCCUUGGCCAAUGUUUUCAUCAUUCCCUUUGCCAAAGUGCUAUCUUGCAGAAAUUCCUAGGAAAUCUGAAUUCAGACAAGAUAAAGAUCUUGACAAGCUCUUAUCACUCUUAAAAAGUCCAGAGAAGCAAACUGGGUGGAGAGAAAGUUGUAGAAAACAGUUCUGCAAAGUCAUGAAAGCCAGACCGGAUAUCAUCAGUGGAACAAUUUUGGCGGAAUUAAUUGAAAAGUUCGUGUCACAUCUUUCGGAAAGCCGAUCGGAUUGUUAUUUCAGCAUGGGAAACUAUAAAGCCACAGAUGCAGAUGUGAAGACUGAAAGCCUUUCAUCUGUGCAGCAGCUUGGUGUUGAAAUGACAGUCAGAUAUGGAAAAUAUCUAAAUUUGCUGAAGGAAAAUGCAGAAAAUGGGCUGUGCUUUGUGUUAAUGAAUUGUGAGAAAUUUCUGAAACAACAGCAAAGAACUGUGGAAUCCCCACUUUGCUGCUUGCAGGAGCACUGUGCUGGCUACGACUGGUUUGCGUCUUCUGUCUUCCUCAUAAUGUCAGGGGACAGGGAGAAGACAUUCACAUUUCUUCAGCGAUUUUCACGUCUUCUGGUUUCAGCAUUUCUCUGGCUACCAAGACUGCAUAUAUCUGUGCACCUGCCUAUUACCACAGUGGAAUCUGGCAUCCAUCCAGUCUAUUUCUGCAGCGCUCACCACAUGGAAAUGUUGCUAAAAGCUGAGUUGCCACUUGUCUUUUCAGCCUUCCACAUGUCUGGUUUCGCUCCAUCCCAGAUUUGUCUGCAGUGGAUAAGUCAGUGUUUCUGGAAUUACAUGGACUGGAGUGAGAUCUGUCACUACAUUGCUAUAUGUAUUUUUCUGGGUCCCGAUUAUCAAAUAUAUAUGUGUAUUUCUGUGUUCAGACACCUGCAGCAAGACAUCCUGAAGCACACUGAAGCCCAAGAUCUCCAGGUUUUUCUUAAAGAAGAAGCACUCCAUGGAUUUCGUGUGAGCGAUUAUUUAGAAUACAUGGAAAGCUUGGAGGCGAUCUACAGACCUAUGCUGCUGAAAGACAUGAGGAACAUAAGAGUGCAGAAUACAUAGAUGAAGCAAACAAGCACUUUAUUUGCCAGUUUUGGUUACAUCCUUUAAAAGGAUGCUGAUUGAUUGAUAUAUCAAUCUCACCUAAAAUAAGUCAGGCUAUGUAAAUGUUCAUACUAUAAAAUUCAUAAGGAGAGUUUUCAGAAUAUAGUUUUUGCAAAAGGACUUAAUCUAAGUGUGGUGACCUAAAAUACCACAUUUUCCCAGACAGGCUUUACGCACAGCUGUUGGCAGAAGGCAGCUUCAGAACCCACCUGUAGGAUGCUGAAGUAUCGUCCUUAGAACAUAAGUCUUCCUUAUAAAGCCUUGAAACUGUUCCAAAAUCAUUGCAUUAUUGUCAUCUCCUUGUAGCACAAUCCUAAAACCUUCAUAUUUGCUAGAGUCUGACAGUGAUUUUUCAUAGAAACAACUGUUAGUGUGUAUUCAUAUGCAUGAAAAGUCAAGAAAUGAAGAACAAAUUCCCUGUACACAGCCGUUCUGACUUUGUGGAUAAGGUUGAGAAAAUGGGGUGUUCAAAUACAUGCAAUGAAACAAGACCGAUA